UGUAUUGUCUGAUAUUAAAGAGUUCUGGUAGUCCAAUAAUGAACGUACUUCUUGGCUAUCAGGAUAGUUUAGGUCGUUAUAGCUUUGGUUAUAGUACACUUGACUCGGCGAGAUCAGAGAUCAAAACUGUAAAUGGUGUAAUACAUGGUGCAUACAGUUACGUCGAUGACAACGGUGUAAUACAAAGUACCGAGUACAUUGCCGACGACGAUGGUUUUCGUGUCGUAGCUACAAAUCUUCCACAGUUACAGACAAUUCCAAAUGAAGAUACAGCUGAGGUAUCGACUGUUGCACGUAAAGCUCAUUUGGAAGAUUUUCUAAUAGCCGAAAAAAUGGCGAAAGAUAUUGAAAACGAGAAGGAACGUACGAACGUAUCGGAACCAAAGAAAACCGUAGAGAUUACGUCGUCGAUCAAUGACAAAUCUAGUGGAUCUAUUGCGAUCGAUCAACUUCCUGUUCCCGUAUUUGGAAUCUCUUAUGGCGAUCAAGUGCUCGUGCCAAUGGGAAAAAACUAGUCGGAUUGACGAGGUUCGUCAAAGAAAGAAAAAAAAUGCAGGCGUCAAAUGUACCUGUAGAAAAGGAACAAUACUAAAAAAAAAAAAAGAAUGAUCGGCAAUAAUACUACGAAGAAGAAAAUUUCUUAAGGAUAAAAUUAAGAAGAGAUGAUAUAGUUUAUUAGUUUUUAAAUCCUUCGAUAGAUCUUCCAAUGCAAUUUUCCUUUUGUUUAUUAUAAAUAUCUAAUAAUAAAAUUUUGUUCACUUUUAUAUUAUGUUACGUACGAUGUAACAUAAUCGAUGAGAUAUGGUAUAUA